GAGAGGGGAGCAUGCAGACAGUUGGUUCAGAGAAACUCUUCGAAGCCUAAGGACAACACCUUACCGCUACUGCCACUCUGCAUCCACAAGAGACUAAGAUUCAAAAGCCACAAAUACAGGCCGUGCCCUACUCUACACACCCUACACUUCCGGGCCUCCACCCUCUUCCCGUCCCUGUUGCCCGUCCGUCCCGCCCCUCCCUCCCUCUGUAGUGAGUCAUGAAGUGGUCCCUGUGGAGCCUACUGCUGCUGGUGGUGCGUCUGUGUUCCCCAGGACGAAGUGACUGCCAGGGUGACUGCCUGGCCUGUGGUCUCCUACUACCCCUACCCAACCCCCAGACCCAGCAGCAAACAUUCAACACACUGGUGUGUCUGUUGGAGUGUGAGGGUCACGUCUCCACUGCCCUCACCUGGGAGCUGUGUCAGCGAGCCAUCCUACCGCACUAUCUCCUCCAACCAGAUGGCGGUGCUGUGUCUAGGAGAGCAGCAGAGGAGCUGAACCUGGGCCCUGUACACCUGGAGUCUGAUGGACAACUCCUCUACUCUGCAGCCAUGGAGCACUACCAGCAGGACAGAGAAGACCAGGAAGACAGGGCCCUGGAGCAACGUGAUGCCCAGUACGACUCCUCCCCACUGGGCUCGACCGAGGAGGAAGACUCCCUGGCUCUGGAAAACAGGGAGGAGAAGAAGGAGGAAGAGGACAGGAGGAGGAGCAGUCAGGGGGAGGGAGGAGAUGAGGAGGAGGAAGCCACGGUCCAGCUGACCAAGCGUUUCGGGGGCUUCCUGAAAGGUCACCACGGUUAUAGGAAGUUUAUUGGUGGGCCGGUGGGGCGGCCACUGCAGAAACGCCUAGGAGGGUUCAUCGGGAUCAGGAAGUCGGCCAGGAAGUGGAACAACCAGAAGAGGGUGAGCCAGCUCCUCCGGCAGUACCUGGGGAUGACCAGCAGCAGCAUCCCUGGCCGCGGUGUUGGUCGGUUCAAUAACCCAGGCCAGGGAUUCAGGAGGCUACCCAGCCGGCUGUAGCCUCCCCUUCCCUCCACAACCCCCUGGGAGAGCAGAAUUCUCUUCUCCCCUUCCCUCCACAACCCCCUGGGGGAGCAGAAUUAUCUUCUCCCCUUCCCUCCACAACCCCCUGGGGGAGCAGAAUUAUCUUCUCCCCUUCCCUCCACAACCCCCUGGGGGAGCAGAAUUCUCUUCUCCCCGUGCCUCCACAACCCCCUGGGGGAGCAGAAUUCUCUUCUCCCCUUCCCUCCACAACUCCCUGGGGGAGAAGAAUUCUCUCCUCCCCGUGCCUCCACAACCCCCUGGGGGAGCAGAAUUCUCUUCUCCGCGUGCCUCCACAACCCCCUGGGGGAGCAGAAUUCUCUUCUCCCCGUGCAACCACAACCCCCUGGGGGAGCAGAAUUCUCUUCUCCCCGUGCCUCCACCCUCCCAAGAACCUCCAUAGAAAUGAUAAUAACUUUAGUUUACCGUUUGUCUACUAUUAUUUUAGUGUUCUGUUCCUAUAGUUACCAACUAUGUCUACGGGGACCGUGAACUCCCUCGUACCUCAUCAGCCUAAUGAAGAAGAGUAACGAUAUGGUCAUUCUGAAACACAUUCGGUGUUGUGAAGAGAAAGUAAGGAACGUUUCCUUCCAACCAAUCAAUGUUUCUCCCCCUCUACCGCCCCAGUUAAUGAACUGCAUCCUGAAAAAAUAAAAGUACAAUGUAAUAUUGUGUGUCAGUAUCGUAAAAUCCAGACGACAUAGAUAUAAUACCAACCCAUGUUAGGAUGAUGGAUGGAUGUUUAUGAUCUAUGUAUGCACUUUAACUUUUUAUUUAUUUAAAGCUUGAGCGAGUGAGGGGUUGCAUUUGUUAUUUGCACUGUUCACGGUCUCUGGGUCAUUAAAGAACUGGUGAUCUGCAUCUUCUCUAUUCUGAGAAUAUACUGUAUGUCACUGGGCAGAGAACAGUCGUCACUAUCUGGCCAAGUUGCAAAGUUGGAAGCCCCUGCCUAUUCUACAAUUUCUCUUCUUAAAAUCAGAUUUUAAACCUAACCCUAACCUUAAUCCUAAACUUAGCCUUUACCUCCAACCUUAGGCUUGCCCACCUCAUUUUUUAUUUCCACCAAAAAGCGCCUUUUAGUUUUUCAUAAAUGUUUACUAUAUAGCCAACUUAGAUUUUGCAGCUUGGGCAUAUAGUGGCAACCGCAGAUUGGAUCAGCUACCAGACAGUAGAUAUUAGGGUAACACUGCCAACUGGUGUUGUGUUGGUAGAGUAGAAUCAGCAUACUAGAGAGUAGGGUUACACUGCCCCUGGUGUUGGUAGAGUAGAUCAGCAUCCCAGACAGUAGGGUAACACUGCCCCCUGGUGUUAUGUUAGUAGAGUAGAAUCAGCAUCCCAGACAGUAGGGUAACACUGCCCCCUGGUGUUAUGUUAGUAGAGUAGAAUCAGCAUCCCAGACAGUAGGGUACCACUGCCACCUGGUGUUGGUAGAGUAGAUCAGCAUCCCAGACAGUAGGGUAACACUGCCCCCUGGUGUUGGUAGAGUAGAUCAGCAUCCCAGACAGUAGGGUAACACUGCCCCCUGGUGUUGGUAGAGUAGAUCAGCAUCCCAGACAGUAGGGUAACAAUGCCCCCUGGUGUUGUGUUGGUAGAGUAGAUCAGCAUACCAGACAGUAGGGUAACACUGCCCCCUGGUGUUGGUAGAGUAGAUCAGCAUCCCAGACAGUAGGGUUACACUGCCCCCUGGUGUUGGUAGAGUAGAAUCAGCAUCCCAGACAGUAGGGUAACAAUGCCCCCUGGUGUUGGUAGAGUAGAUCAGCAUCCCAGACAGUAGGGUAACACUGCCCCCUGGUGUUGUGUUGGUAGAGUAGAAUCAGUAUCCCAGACAGUAGGGUAACACUGCCCCCUGGUGUUGGUAGAGUAGAAUCAGUAUCCCAGACAGUAGGGUAACACUGCCCCCUGGUGUUGGUAGAGUAGAUCAGCAUCCCACACAGUAGGGUAACACUGCCCCCUGGUGUUGGUAGAGUAGAUCAGUAUCCCAGACAGUAGGGUAACACUGCCCCCUGGUGUUGGUAGAGUAGAAUCAGUAUCCCAGACAGUAGGGUAACACUGCCCCCUGGUGUUGGUAGAGUAGAUCAGCAUCCCAGACAGUAGAGUAACACUGCCCCCUGGUGUUAGUAGAGUAUAAUCAGCAUCCCAGACAGUAGGGUAACACUGCCCCCUGGUGUUGGUAGAGUAGAUCAUGUCCUGUAUUUGUUUUCUAGGAUACAUACCAAACUGAAUUUACCUGAUUUUAACAAAAAAAAAGGCAAGAUGAGAGAUAUGUGCAUGUUAUCUUCUUGCUACUGUAUGAAACACAGUUUGUCUGCUUGUCUGAAAAUACUCAAUAACACAACACUAUGUUAUGGUUUUAGGUUAGAAUUUCACCUGUUAGAGGUUGAUAUUGUUUUGCCAUACCUCUAGGCAGUAUUUAUCCAGUGGGGUAUGUUAAAGAGUGUGUGUUUGUGAGUACACGUCUCUCGUUCAUACACAAAGAACUUUGGGAAAACAGUGUCCAUUUCUAACGUGUAUUAUUGUUUAAAAGUCUUUAAGAAACCUGUAUAGAGAAAAAUAUAAUAAAUGAAUUUGCUAUUUCUCUUGUGGAUUGUCGUUACAGAAAAUUGUCAGUUCCCGAUAUUCUCAGUGGUUAUUUCUGUUGAUACAUUAUUUGAAUGUGUUAAUAACAUUAGACAAUAUGUUUUUUGUUGUUUCAUUAGAAGGCUAAUACAAAUUUAGUUGUCUAAUUGCCUGAUCCCUUGGUAGUGGUCCAAUAGUAGAAUUGGGUUCAAUUCCAAUUCAAAUCAAUCAAUACAGAAAGUGUUUUGAAUAAAAAUUCUAAACUUGACAAACUUUUGAAAUAAUUUGCUUCUCCUCUUCC